AGUGAAGUGAAUUAUGAGAACGAUACAACUGAUACCAACAAUUUUGCUUCUUUUAUUAUCGCCUAUCGAUGCACAAUUUUUUGGCGGUUGUGGUGGAUACGGUAUGCUUGGAUGUGGUGGUUACGGUUAUGGAUAUGGUUAUUCUUACGGAAAUUACGGUGGAAUUGGUGGCUACGGCAAUUAUGGUGGCCUUGGUGGUUACGGUUUAUAUGGUACGGGUAUAAAUGGUUUCGGUAUUGGUUGCUGUGGAUUCAGCAGUUUUUAUGGAUGAAAGUAAACUUAUUGUGUUUGACAUACCGGAUGAUUUUCUAUUACUUUUAAUUACAUGUAUUAUCUAUAUCAACCAGACUAAAAUUCAACCGGAAUAUGAUGUAGUCAUCGUUUAUUGGGCCUUUACACUCAAAACUGUUGAUGACAAGUCUCAAAGGAGAUCAAUAUCCUGCGACAACAAUGUUUAAUACGC